UCAGUGGUUUUACGUUUUCUUCAAUAUUCAUGUGCUGAGCUUCUGCUGCAGCUACUUUUUUUCUCUUUCCUAUUCUGCAUUUCUUGUUUCGAUUCGAAUUUUCUUUUGCUUUCAAAUCUGUCCAAAUCCCUCUUAUCUUUUUCUCUGUCAAGAAUAAUUCGAUUUCGUAUCCUCUUUCUCCUCUUCUUUUUUCUUUUUCAACACCCACUUGCUCCUUUUUUUCGCUAUCCCGAUCGCUCUCUAACAUUCCAUCUUCUCUCUUCUGGUUUCUUUCUCUGUUUUUCCCUGAAAAGGCAACUCAGAAAUGAAGAAGGUUGUAUUGAAGCUGGAUUUACAUGAUGACAAAGCCAAACAGAAGGCUAUGAAGACAGUCUCUACUCUUUCAGGAAUUGAUUCGAUUGCCAUGGACAUGAAAGAAAAGAAAUUGACAGUGAUAGGAACAGUUGAUCCUGUAAACGUAGUGAGCAAACUGAGAAAAUAUUGGCCAACAGACAUCAUCUCAGUAGGACCAGCCAAAGAGCCUGAGAAGAAAGAGGAGCCUAAGAAAGAGGAGCCCAAAAAAGAAGAGGAAGCAAAGAAAGAGGAACCCAAGAAAGAAGAGGGCGAGGCAAAGAAGGAUGAGCCCAAGAAAGAGGAAGCAAAGAAAGAAGAGGAAAAGAAAGAAGAACCCAAAAAAGAAGAGAAGAAAGAUGAAGAGAAAAAGAAAGAGCAACCUGCGCCUGCACCUGCGCCUGCACCGCAGCCGCAUCCGCAUCCCCAUCUGCAUCUGCAUCCGCUGUACGACCCGAGUUACGAGCUUGUCAAGGCUUACAGAGCAUACAAUCCGCACAUGACCACACACUACUAUGUUCAGAGUAUGGAAGAGAAUCCAAAUGCUUGUGUUAUUUGUUAAUUAAUUAAUUUCCUCUUCUAGUUCUUUUUUUUUUUUUUGGCUCUGGAAAAGAUUUAGCCAAGAAAGAAAAUGAUGGGAAAUUAAAGAAUAGUGUUUUUUUUAUAUGAGAUGUGGAUGUACCUAUUCUGGAUGUCAUGAUCAUCAAUGCUAAAGGAGGCAACAACACCCCAAGAAAGAAAAGAUGCGAGAGAGAAAAAGGUUUAUUUGUAUAUAGAAGGUGAUGUUCCUCCAUUUGUCUGUUAUUUACAUAUAAGUAAUCUGUAGGGUGAAUAAAUAAAAUUUUGGCGUUUUG